UCCGUCAGCUAACGCGGUUUGUACGGUUUGUUUGUGAGUCGACACGGAAACAGUUUGUCCAUUUAUUUCACUGUGCACUGUAAAGUUAUAUAUUCAUCAUGGCAGAAAACAACCAGGACCGGAGAUAUGCCCCGAACCUGGGGGGUGUCCUGAAGAUGGCGAUGGAUGCUGGAGUCGCUGCAGAGGGAGCUGCUCCCGCGGAACCGAUGACAGAGGAGAGGAAAGCGUUUCUGAAAGAAGCUCUCGCAGAAGUCUGCAGAGGGCAGGCGGAUGAAGUGGAGCAGAUCAAGCAGUGCCUGGAAAUUUUGCACAAAGAGGAGAAGAGCGGAAGUGGGGGGGAGGGAGAAGGCGCAGAGGAUGAAGCUGAGCGGGAAUCAGCCUUCAAGGUUAUAACGGAGUUGUGUGAGAAUUUGGACAAUGCCAGAGACCUGAUGGUUCUGGGUGGACUGGAUUUGUGCUUCUCCCGGUAUCUUGGUCAUGCCAAAAGCGUGCUGAGGUGGCGUGCUGCGGAGCUCGUUGCUUGCUGUGCCCAGAACAUGCCGGAGGUGCAGGUCUACCUGCUGAAGAUUGGGGUGCUCCCAAAGCUGCUUGAGAUGACAGACUCAGACUCAGACCCCACCGCCAGAGUAAAAGCCUUUUAUGCCGUCUCAUGUCUUGUCCGAGAGCAGGAGGCCGGACUCAAGGCGUUCCUGACCCUCAACGGUUUCUCAGUGCUGACGCGAUGCAUGCAGUCGGAGAAUGAGAGGCUCAGGACCAAGGCUUCAUUCCUUCUGCUCAACCUGCUGAGGUCACAUCCCGAGGAGAAAGCCACUGUUGUCUCCAUGGGAAUGGUACAGCAGCUGGUGGCUGUUCUCCGCACACCCCACUCAUCUGUCCAUGAACAUAUACUUGGCGCCAUCUGCUGUUUGGUGGAGGACUGUCCACAGGGGCUCAAAGAGUGCAGGGACCCUACUCUCGCACUGGAGGAGCUGCUCAAACAGCGAAUCAAAAUGCUCGGUGGAAAGGAGGAAAACCAGGAAGAACAGGACUUCUGUGAGAGUCUGGAGAUGACAUGUUUCCGUUGACAGCGCUCAGAUGGCAAUGGGAUGGAUCGCUGAAGUGUUAUUCACCUCAAGUAACAGAACAUAUUCCCUGCUCUAGAUCAUGUUGAGCAACAUCCUUGUCUGUUUCCACAGUUGCUGUCCACACUUUGCCUGUACUCUACGGAUUUAACUGUGUAAAUCAUGUAUAAAAUACUUUUUUCCCAGUCA